AUGGAUGCAGCAGAGUGGGACAGUUAUCGGAACUGGGCAUUUAUGCCCAAGCUAGUGCUUGUCAAAAUAUUUGAGUAUUUAUCAUGGCGAGACAGGGCACAUGCUGCUCUCACAUGUAAACGCUGGCUAAAUUCAUUUUGUGCCCCUGAUGUAUGGCGUUCUUUCACUUACCAUCCUCCAGCCCAAGGUCUUACACGCUUGCAGUAUGAUCUUAAAACAUAUUUUCUUGGAAGGGGGAUUCGUAUCGUCGGGUGGCAUUUUCAGUAUCUACGAUUUCCUGAGACCGAGGACUAUUUUAUGCUUAACCGCGUUCUCUCACUAAUCGCGGAGUUUUUUGAGGCCCAUCCAAAUCCACACAACUUUUCUUCUAAUUCACUGGUAUCUACUGAGAUUCUUUUUCCUGAAUUAGCCGCAUUGGAAGCUAAUCUUUCUUCAUCACCUUCUAACUCAUCUCCGGAGUCUUCAAGUGAUGAAGAGGAAAUACCUGCCAAAUCGACACUGAUGACUACUACAGAGGAGGAGAUUCCAUGGGAUGUUUUAGCUGAAGCGGUGGAUGGUGAUCCUGAAUUAGAAAAAACCAUUAAACUCGCUAUGAAACUCCAGAGAAAGGAAUAUGAACGUGGAACUUCCUCUUCUUCUUCUUCAUUGAAUUCUAGCUCCUCUUCUGAGUUUUAG